AGCGAGUCUCGUUUCGUCCAUCGCUCGUGUACCUACCAACAUUUUGAACAGUUCAUUAUAUUUUCCUAGUGUGUGGCAUGUUAGUUGUGUAAAAAUGUCUGAAACUUCAAGAAAAAGGUGCAGAAAGUCUAAAUUAGUGCCCAGAGAAUGUGUUCUGCUUGAAGAAGAAGAUUUGGAACAGCAGAUACCAUUACAAAAAAUAUUCAUACCGGUACCGGUAAAUAAAAGUAAAACAAUCACACAGAAGGACCAGUCCGAUGAAUGUGACAAGAGUGUCUUGAAAAAAAUUAAUGCUGCCGUCAGAAAAUCCUUGGAAGAGCAAGAACUGUGCAAAGAUAUAAAAGAACCACAAAGAAAAUUCGAAGUGGCUAUAAAAAUUGAAACGUGCGAUGAAGAAAUGAAUCCAGAGCUAAAUUUAGAAGAUAACAAAACUAUAAUAAGGCGCCAUCUGUCUGAUCUAGACGUAGUUCCAUUACCUACUAUAGAACUUAAGGCCGAAGACAUACUAAAAGCAGUUGAUAAUAUUAUAAAUUCUUCAAGUAAUAUUGCAGAUAAGGCUUUAUGUUUGUAUGUGCGGAACACCAUUGGGCAAUAUGUGAGGAAAGUAUCAACUCCUAGCCUUCAUGAGGUAAUGGUUCAGGAAGCUUUAGAUCAAUGGCAACCUUGGUAUCAUCACUCCAGAUAUGUCAAUCGCACCCCACCAAUAUCUUACAAGUGCUACAUCUGCAGAAAAUCCUGGUGGCACCUUUCAGAGUUUAAAGAGCAUAUUACGGAGCAUAAAAAUCUAAACAUUGAUUUUGAAAGAAUAAACAACUAUGAAAGUGUGUUAAUAGCUUCAUCUGAUAUUGUUUUAAAUAUAGCAGACAUAUUUACUGAAGGAUUCUGUUCUCUGUGUGGAAAGGAUUAUGAUCACCACAAGUUGUGCAGGGAUGUUAACGGUAAAUUCCAAGGGAAUAGCGUUUGUGGGAAGAAACUUAAUAACUGUUAUAGCUUGAUGUUACAUACAGCUAACUGCGAAAUUUGUUCCAUCGGUUUGAAUUUUAAAUGUGAAGUCUGUUCAGUGAAAUUUAAUGAGAAAAUACAUUUGGAUGAACAUUUGGUUUUGUGUCAUACGGUGAGAUCGGAUGUGCCUAUUGGAACUGGUUUCAAGACAUGCCAAUGCUCAGAGCAGUAUGUUUCCAAAUACCAUCAUAUUUGUAUUGAUAAAUCCCCAAAUUUUCAAUGUUCUAAUUGUAAACAAAGUUUUUAUUAUAAACAACAAAUGGAUAGCCAUAUGUUCAGUCAGGAUAAGGAAUAUACUUGUGAAAUAUGUAACGAAGCCUGCUACAGGCCCUGUAUUAAGUAUAAACAUUUAAUGAAACAUACGGAUCAAUUUAUGAUGGUCAGCAAGUGUAGCAAUUGUCCGGGGUUGAACAUAUUUGUGGAUGAAGAGGAUGAACUGUAUCAUAAACGGAUGAAGCAUGGCCACGAUCUACAGGGUAUGAAGAAGCAACAUUAUUUUCCUAAGUUGCUUGUACCUGUUUCCUGCAUCAUACACAGUUUAAAAUAUCGAGCUGAUAUUAUGCCAACUCUGAAUAUAAAGGAGGAAAUACAAGACAGCCAUGAUUAUUCCAGUGAUGACUAUCAGGCCGAAGUGACUGAUAUAAAAAUGGAAAAUGAUUUCGUAGAAGAUGAGCCAGAAGAUUCAGAAGGACCAGAAGAUGAAGGUUUAGUUAUUAAAGAAGAACCAAUACGUUCAAGAGACACUUCCAUGAUAGAUUAUGAAAACUCAGAUGAAGAAGAAGAUCCAGACGAAGAUUAUAAUGGUGAUAUAAUAAAAAUCAACGGCAAUCAUGAAAAUGUCGAGGAAUUUAGUAACAAGGAAUAUGGUGAAAGAGAAAUACAGAAAGAUCAAGUGGACGACAUCAAUGAGAAGUUGUUGCCAGACGAUUCUGAUAGUGAAACGACAAUGGAUCCAGUCUUAGUGGACGGUAGAAUGAAAAAUAGACUUUAUUUAUGCAAGAAAUGCGGUUACAGGGCCAGGCAUAAGAAGUUCAAGGAACAUUUGGAGAGUGAAUGUGGGCAUUCAACGAACAAUAAAAAGAACUAUAAUUGUUCUUAUUGUGAUAUAACAUUCCCAUCUUUGGCCAAAUUCAUAUUCCAUUUCACUAACCAUGGUUUUAAAGAAAUGUGUUGCCCGGUAUGUUAUAAGCAAUACCGAUAUACUUCUAAAUUAGGCCAACAUGUACAUUCGCAUAUAAAAUACAAUUAUGUCCGUAUAAAGUUGAUUUCUCAUGAGCGGCGUUCUAAGUCAGAUUUCCAAUGUAAACAGUGCAGUGAGAUUGUUAGUGUUAAUAGCUAUUUUGAUCAUUGGCAAACGCAUUUAAGUCAUGUGCCUGAAGAGAAGAGUAAGGAAUUGAGUCAAGAUACCAAAAUUGAUGAGCUUCCCGUUUCUGUACCUGGAUGCAUGUCUGAAGAAGAUGUUAAGGAUUGCUUAAGGCACAUAAUGAUGAAGUUGCCGAAAAAUUGCAAUUACUGUAAAAGACAAUUCCAAAGAGUUUACGGCUGUAAGCGGCAUAUUAUCGAACACUUGCUGACUGAUGCAUAUGCAAAGAAACCCGUUCUUGGUGUGUUGAGAUGCCAGAUAUGUGCAGCCGGGUCCCCCACACCCGAGAAAUAUAAGCAACAUAUGCGCGACCACGCGUCUCUACCAGUGUUUAAGUGUGAAUUGUGCGACAGAACAUUCAGUGACUCAAGUAAUUUUACAAAACAUAAAAAAGUUCACAAUUUAAAAGUUUUCACUUGUGAUCUUUGCAGAAAGAAGUUCCAAGCCAAGUCGUCUUUGAUUAAACAUAUGGCGAUGCACCAAGCGAUGCACCCGAUCACCUGUGAAUUUUGCAAUCGAGUUUUUUAUUUCGAUUCCAGUUAUCGGCGCCACGUUAGGUAUUCUCACUCGAAAUUCGCUUCAGGAUUUCGCUGUGUUAUGUGCAAUGAGAGAUUUGAAAAUCUAAAAACGAAAUGGAACCAUAUGUGGGAAGUUCACAAGGAAAGAAAACAGGAAGCGGACUGCCCUAUCUGCUUAAAGUCCUUCAGAAAAUACUCCGAUGUAAAAGUUCACGCUAAAUCUGUCCAUGGGGUUCAUGUGUCCAUUGUUAGUAUGAAAAAUGCCUCAAAUAUUAAAAUUAAUGUAGAAAAGUGUUUCACUUCUCCCAAAAUUAAGGUAGGUAAGCCUGAAACUCUUGUGGUAUAUGAGUCUGAAUGACAUAAGCUGUAAACAGCUGGUUCUCGUCAAUCAUUCAUUGGGACUGUGGACCGGAGUGAUACCACGGCCUCGCAGAAAACCGGCGUGAAGCAGUACUGAUGUUGUGUUUCGCCGUGUGAGUGAGGUCGAAAGCGAAAGAAGCCAGCAACCCACUUGAAGUUACCCCUUUGGUAUUACGAGUGCCCAUGGGCGGAGCUGAUUGCUUACCAUCAGGUAAUCUUAUAAGUGAUAAAAAUAUUAUUUUUUUAGUGUUCAUUCAAUACGAUGAUUGGAUGUUUAAUUUCAAUUUGUUCUGUAUUCU